ACGGAAACGAAAGAUUUGACCAAACCACAAAAGACAAGAUUGUCAAAUGGCGGACAAUUCUGAAGUUACACCUUUGCCUCCGGGCUGGGAUCGUAAAUAUGACCAUCGAUCAGGAAGAUAUUACUACAUCAACUACUUCAGCAAGACCACGACAUGGGAGGACCCAAGGUUGCGCUACUGGCAGCUGGCACAAGCUCCCCCACCACAAAUUCAGCAGGUGCCGAUACUUCCUGAGACCAUCCCACUACAGCAUGGCUCUCCGGACUUGCGCGGCUACCACGUGUACCCUUCUAACGCGUCUCACUUUCCCCCCCAGCCCGCAUUCCAAAACCCUGCUCCUUACUCUCACACGUCAGUCCAUUUUCAGGACUUGACGAACAUCAGACCCAGCCCCAUCCCCGGUCGAGCCUUCACACCACUGGGAACGCCGUACUCAUCGCCGUCACGUGCUGCGGCAGAAACCAGCCUCAGCAGCGGCGACUUGGCGCAGUCCGUCUUGAAGAUCAGCGCCAUGUUUCCCACCGUGUCCGACACACACAUCAGAACUCUCCUUCUCAAGUACCACAACCGUGAAGCCGUGGUGAUGAGCGCUUUGCAGGUGGAGAAGCACCCAAUAUCCACACCGGGUCCCUACGCCACGCCCCCUCUCCAGAACAGACACUUCCAGAACGCCCUCCAGAUGACCCCUCCCCUAGGGUUGCGCGACAGCCCCCGGGCGGGCAGCCCCGUCUUGCGUCCUGGCUCCCGAAGCAGCUAUGUCGGCUCGCCGAGCAUUAUGCCGGCGCGCCCACACUCUUCUCCCAAGAUGAAACUGAGGUACCUGAAAAGCGUUUUCCCGAAGGCGGAGGAGACUCUGCUGCUGGACAUCCUCGCCAACUCGGACAACAACGUACAGAAGGCCACCGAGAAGCUGGUGAUGAUGGGGUUCGAGAAGCGGGACACGCCGCCGCCCCGCCUCACCCUCCGCCGCAGGGAGGAGGAACAAAAGGAGCAGGAGCGCAGGGCGGCUACCCCAACCCCGCCUCCUCGCAUGAAGAGCUCCGAAGAGAAGCAGAAAAUGAAGGGGAGGCUGCAGGACAAGUACCCCGACAUCCCGGAGAGGCUUAUCACGAUCGCCCUGGACAGCGUGGACUACGAUGAGGACCGGGCUUUCCAGAUACUCAGCCUGAUGGUGCAGGAGGAAGAGAAGUCAAAGAGCACCCCAGAGGCUGUGCCCAAGAUCAGUCCAGUGGUGAAGCCACCGUCGAAAGAGGUCUCUGCAACUGACGCAAGCGGCCAACAGACUGCAGGGAGUGAGGAAGUUUCCUUCAAAGCCAGCCCCAGGAAAAUGAGCAGUGACAAGGGACAGGCAAAACGACCCAAGGCCAAGAAAGAUAUCUCUAAGGUGUCCCGUGGAACAAGCACGACAGAAGAUAAGGAGUAUAAGUCUCCGUACAUUACGAAGCCCAGUGGUCCAGACCGUAGUCUGUGCAAGGGCUCAAAUGAUGCAUUACUCUUACCAGACUACGCUGCCUGGAACGGACCAAACCCAGAGCUGCUCCAGAAGGCCCCUGAGAGCCUGGCGAAAGGGCCAAACAAGUUGUUGCUGCAGGAGAGGUUGUACAAAGCCAAAGGACCCAACAGCGAGCUGAGGAAGGGCCCCAUGGGCGGGCUUGCCAGGGGCAGCAUCUACUCCCAGCUGUCAGCUGACAAGGCAGAGGAGGAGUCCCGCGGCAAAUAGCACAAGUACUGCUGCAUCAUGUAGCUAGUCCGUUUGCUGACGAGUCAGCAGAGUAAUUGAUCUUGUGUCACCCGCUGCGUGAUUAGUGAUUACUAGGGACAAGAUGAUUUGCUUUAAAAUCGAAAUAAUGUUAAUAGGCAAGUCAGUACACCAUAUAACCCUGAAAUACACGUUAAUACACCAUAUGGCACCAAAAUAAAACUGAAAUCAUGAAAUUAAUAAACAUUUUUAAAAACCUUGAUUCAAAUCACAAAAAUGUAAUAUCUUAAUGUUAUAAAUUCUGCAAAUGUCUUUUUUUUUAGUAUGAAGUUGGUACCAUAAUAUAAAAACAAUUUGGGUAUGAAAAAUUAAUAAUACUUAUCGUAACAUUUCUGACACUGCCCCAUUAUUCAUAAGUAAGAAUAAAUGCUAAUUUAUUUUCAUGGUUUUGAGUAUUCUGUUCUAAAGAUGUAUUCUUAUAUUGAAUUAUUUUAUUGCAAGAGUGCAUCAUGGAUCACAAUCAUCAGAAUUACAUUAUUUGGGUUAGCCAGUGCUAAGAAAAAUUUUAAUGUCAGAUUUGUUGAAUAAUACGUACUGGCUUUAUGAAUUAAUGGAAUACGUAAAACUAAAAACAGUAACCCCAAACAUUCCUGUUUAAAAAACAGAACUGGCUAUAAUAAAAGCCAUAAAAUUUUGUCUCGUGAUUUCACGUGUAGUUGCACUUGUUUUAUUGUAGGAUUCUGACAUUGAAGUUGAUGUUAUUGCCACAAAAAAAAAUUAUUUUCGUGAACAAAAUCUAGUUAAUUUGUGUGUCAGGAACUAAAAAAAUAAGAGGAAACUAAAAUUAAUUUUGAAACAAGUAACGUAAUCACCUACAUAGAAACGGCAGAAAUGUAAAACUGGAAUGUUAACAUGUUCUCAGUGUGGAAAACAUAUAAAACUGAAUCACAUUUCUCCUCCAGUGUGUGUUUAUAAAAACUCAUAAGUGGAAGUGCAAUUAAAAAUACUUAAUUUAUCAUCAAACAUUCCAUUAUAAUUAAGAGUAAAAUUUUUUUUGCUGUUUAAAGUAUCCCAUCAUUAUUUUGGUAAUAAAAAAAGUACAAGCAUUUGAUGUUAAACUUGGUGUAGAACUUUCAGUAAACUGAUUUGUUAUCCUAGUGUAAAAACUUAUAAAAAGCAGCCCGUGUUAAAAAAAUAUAUUACUAAUGUCUUGACAUUUAUAACUUUUGAUUCUAGUCCACGUAAAGAUGAAAGUUCAUAAUUUGAGUGUUCAUUUUUUUAUUAGUAUAUAUUGCUUGAAGAUUUCCAUUGAAGGAAUCAUACUCUGCCUUGGUUUAGUGAUUUAGUAUUCUCCCAACGUUAAACGAGCUGGAUCAGAAUUGUAUGUCACAUUAAAAUUUUUGUAACUUUCACUUUUAAAAAAAAUUGUGUUUUUGUUCCCAAAUUUAAGAAAUGAAGAUAAAGGUAUAAUGCAAGAAAUACUCUUGAGUACUUUCAAGAAUCUCUACCGGGAGUUUCAUGUCUAAAAAUUGUUCUGAAAACAACAGUCUUAGCCAUUUUUAUUCUUAAAAAAAUACAGUUUAAAAA